CUUCAAACUUCAAACGCAUAGAAAACAGAGCCCAUUUUCACAACUGGAAAUAUUUGUAAAUAAACAGAAGCAUUUAAUUGCUUAAGUAUAAAACUUUUAAUUCAAUCAGUCUAUUGAAUUUUUCAAUUAAUUAAUUAAUUAAUAUCCGCAGUGAUUAAUGAGUCCAAUUAUUUUUAUAAAGUUGUGAGUAGGAUCGAGUGAUUGAUAAUAAUGAAACUAGUGUGUAAUGUUGAGGUUAACCAUCGAGGAUUAUUGGCGGGAUCCAACGUCGCUGGUAAAAAAUCACAAUCCUGUUUGUCAAUUGGUAAGCAAAAUAAAAAUGACGAAUUAUUUAUUUUCUUACAAUCAAAACCUCGCAACGGUAACCAGAUGAUCAACAAAUACAAGAUUGACGGCAACAUCGAAACCGUGUUCACAAAAUUUAUAAACGACGGCAAGAGCACAAUCCGCAUCAAAGAGCCACCAGUUGAUCUGAAUAUAAAAAGCAACGACUCCCUUCAGCUGAAGAGUUUCCUCAAAGCUCUGCACCUAGGAUUCAACAAACAAUUAAAUAACGACACAGUAAUUAAACUCAAGGAUCUCCAGAGCAAGACCAACAGUUUUUCUACUUCGACUGUCAAGAAGAAGGUCUUUGUUAAAUCAAAAGCCGAGUACCCAGUGCUCGAGGGGUUCCCGAGGACAACUGAAGAGUUGCACGUCAUCGGGCUCGGAAGGAAAUCAUUCGACCGUCAAAUCCUACGGCUACAGAGCCUGAGAGUUCUGGAUCUUUCGAACAAUGCCAUCACCAGCAUACCCAAAGAACUGGGGAACGUGUUCGCGCAUCUCACGGAACUUAAUUUAGCCUCGAAUCUGCUGGGAGAAGUCGCCGGUGUCCAAAAUACCUAUCAUAGUAUUAAAAAUAAGUGGCUGUGGUUAAACGGCUCCAGUAUUACUACAAGUCUACGUCUUUUAGAUUUAAGUGACAACACUCUGAAGUAUCUUCCAAAACAAGUGGGUAAAUUAAAAGGGCUGGUGACUUUGAAAGUAUCCCACAAUCAGUUGGAAUCAUUGCCAGCAGGGAUUGGAGUCCUGCCGGGUCUCAAGUACUUGGAUCUAUCAGUAAAUAAUUUGAAGUCCCUGCCAGGAAGCUUCAGGAACCUGCGCCUGGACUCUUUGAACGUGUCCAAGAGUUUUGCGUCAAUCCCGCUGGCAGAAUCUGCUGGAGAUUCCUGUUUUAUUAUGAGUCUGAAAGAGUUGUCAGCACGUGCGGUUGUCAACAAUUGUAUUUAUUACGACGCCUCCAUCGUACCCGCAACUCUCGUCGACUACAUGGACGACGCGAACUUCUGCAUGUGCGGGAGCAGUUGCUUCGAUGAAAUUAUUUUAAAAUCAACUUCAAAAGACUUGAGGUUCAUUGCCAGCAGCAUAAUCUCCGAUGCUCAAUCUACCAAUCACGCAGUAUUUAAUUGUACAUUUUGUUCUUCACGGUGUGUUAAUAAUUUUAAAAAACGUGGCCUUUGAUAAUAAAUCAGUGAUUUAUUAUUUUAUUUUUAAA